UCACAGUGAUUCUCCUUCACCAGGGUUAUGCCUUGGUUCCAUCGGUCACCGUUCAGCUUGGUGAACCUGUAACUUUUACUUGUGGUGCUAUGGAGAACCUUCAGACCAGCACAUGGUUUCAGUGGUACAAGCAAAGUGAAGGAGAUACUCUGAAAUUAAUCGUAAUGCAGCCAAAAAAUGUUGAUCCCAGUCACGGACCAGAAUUUCCUACUUCAAGAUUCAGAGCAACAGAUGAUGGAAUAAAUAGAAAACUAACAAUCCUGAGGACAGUUCAACAAGAUGAAGGAAUGUAUCACUGUGCUCUUAUAGGCUGGACUGAAUCUACAUGGACUGGGACUUAUUUGAUAGUAAAAGGAAACACAGAGGGGAUAAUUAACAGCACCAUUGUUCAGAAGUCAGAACUGUCAGAAUCCAUUUUACGGUCCCUGGAAGUUGUCAUAUUUCUUCUGUGCAGUGCCGUGGCUAUAUGCCUGACGGUUAUUGUUGUCCUUAUAUGCAUAAUCAUCAAAAAGAAAAGUGACUCCUGUCAAGAUGGUGUUGAGCUGCAUAAACACUGCAGUCAGGAAAGACUAAAGGGACAUAAGAACAAAUGGAUCUACACUGCUGUCAUCUUCACUGUGAUGAAACAGGAGAGUGGACCAAUAAACUCAUCAGCUCAAAGAGAGAAGAUUUAUACUGCUAUAAAAGCCUUUGGGUCAUAGCUGCCAUGUAACAUAUGUUUCACAUGCAUUGA